AUGAGUUCACUACUAUCGGCGGAACUUUCGGCAACUUGCAAUGCUUUGGGAACUUUCAACAAGAAGACUGGGAAAUACAUGAUAGAUGACUUUACUUUAAACACAGUUAAAGAUUUAAUACGAUAUAUGAGGAGAGAUGGCGAGGAUCAUGAGAUUCGGAUGCAUUUGGGGCAAACUAAAGUUCUACAAACUGAUCUAUUGCCAAUGUUGAUUGACCAUUGGGAGAAUACUGAACUAUUCGACGUAACUCUACGCCUGAUAGUUAACUUAACAAAUCCAGCAUUAUUGCUAUACAGAGAAGAAGUUCCAACAGAGAGGACUGCUCGACAUAAUUACUUGCAGAUUCUAUCUCAUUUACAGUCAUAUAAGGAGGAGGCAUUCACAAAAGUUGAGACUUGGCAGGUGUUUGCUAAAAAGCUGGCUAAGAUUUUGGAGAUUGACUGGUCAGAGAGAGAUGAAGAAACAGGACUAGUUAUAGAGAGGAUAUUAAUUUUAAUAAGAAAUGUACUGCAUGUUCCCGCAGACCUGGAUAAGGAAAGGAGACCAGAAAAUGAUGCUAGCAUACAUGAUCAGGUUUUAUGGGGGCUAAAUCAAUCGGGCAUCCUAGAUAUAUUACUAUAUAUGUCAUCAGAGAACGAGAAACAAUAUUUCAUGCAUAUCUUAGAAAUCAUAACUCAUCUACUGAGGGAACAAAAUCCAUCUGGACUGGCAGAUGCAGCCUUACAGCGUAGUGUUGAUGAGAAAUUACGUGAUGAACAAGAAUUAUUGACAUUGAGACUGUCAGAGACUAAAGAAAGAGUAAAUAAGAUCCGCCAAUACUCUUCUACUAGGCACUCUAGGUUUGGGGGUACCUAUGUGAUACAAAACAUGAAGUCGAUAUCGGAGAACGAAUUAAUCAGCUUAAAGCCGUUAAAUAAAAUAUCCAAUUUAGACUUCAAUGGUAGCAAGAAGUCAAAAUUAGUUAGACCGAAGAAUAGAAGGCCCGUCGAAACUGGGGCUAUGGAACGGAGGUCGCCAUUUGCUGUGAGACUAUUUCUUAAAGAAUUCUGUAUAGAAUUUCUGAAUUCUUCAUAUAACGCGUUGAUGCACUAUGUGAAAGACGUGUUAGUUAGGGCCAAAGCACAGCAAAACGAUGAAUCAUAUUAUUUAUGGACAAUGAAAUUUUUCAUGGAGUUCAAUAGAGGACACAAGUUCAACGUGGGUUUAGUUAGCGAAACAAUGUCCGUACCAAUGUUUCAUUAUGUACAACAGCAAAUGGAGAAAUAUCACGAUAUGAUUUGUGUCGAGAAAAAGAAAUUCUAUCCUUGGGUUAGGAGGUUGCAUCUAGCUUUACGAUGUUACAAGGAACUCCUGAAUACAUUACUAGAAAUGGACAAAAGUGGCGAUGUAUCGGUCAAAGAUUCCGCUAAAGUGAUUAAAAGUAACGUGUUCUAUGUGUUGGAAUAUCGUGAGUUUAUAUUGACGAUUUUUUUGGAUUACGACGAGAAUAAAAUGCCAAGGUCAUAUUUAUUGGACUUAGUAGAGACAGUGCAUUUAUUCUUGAAAAUGCUGGAACAUUAUUGUAAAAAGACUGGAUUGGUGGUUCAAAAGAAAGUUCGUAAGAAGACGAAAGCAAAAAAGCAAAAACCCCGGCAAAAGCCGCAAGCCACAAAGCCCAUACCUCAAUGGGAGGCAGUGCGGGAACAAAUGGCUGUGGUCCUCACUUCACAGCUUGACACCUAUCCGCCGCCAUUCGAUGCCGCAUCAGACACACCUAUUGAUCAACAAAAAGAAGACUGUAUGAAGAAGAUUCAAAAGUUGAUGCGAGAUCACAAAUACGAAGAUGCCUUGGGGACCUUUAGAGCUGCCAGAGAAGUGUGGCCCGAGGAGGGUAUAUUUGGCACCGAAGGCAUCCAGGAACACGAAGAGUUGGAUAUGUUGGAAACUAUUUAUAAUACGGAUUUGGGAGUGGAAAAUGACGAAACCGUUCAAGAACAGGAAGAAGAAAAUUCAGAGUACGACGAAGAAGACGAGGAAGAGGACAGAACCACAUCCGUUGUGGAAACGGAAUUUGAUUUUCAAGACUUUAUGCAAAGAUUCUGUCAUCCACGCGUAGUGAGCGCCUGCGUGUCCUUACUAGACCGUUUUGAAAAGAACACGCCGUACACAAACCACUGUAUAGCUAAAAUGCUGCACAGAAUUGCGUGGGACUGCAGAAGACCAGCCAUGAUGUUUCAGGCCUCACUGUUUUUGAUAUUUCAAAGGGUUUUGACGAAUAACAUUCAACAUUUUAAGGAGUUGGAAAAAUUCGCGAUAUACGUUAUAAGGAAAUUCACGGAUAUUGCAUCGCGCAGUCCGAAGGCUUUUAUCGAACUUCUUUUCUGGACCAACUCGAAGGACGCGGUCGAAGUCGAGUGCGGAUACGAUCUGUAUAACGACCAACGGGGCAAGGAAGGCAAGCACUCCUGGUCUGAAGAACAAGAAGAGGAAUUACGUAAACUGUAUAUGGAAAACCAGGCGAAUCCAGUGAAUGAACAAGAUGUAAUAGAAUGGAUCCUAGACAACUUAAUAGACCAAACCAGAACCAGGCGUGGCGUGAUCAAGAAGUUGAAGGAACUAGGUCUAAUAUUCCGCGCUCCGACCAAGAAAAGUAACAAGGAGAGAAGAGAAAGAGUACCAAAGGAGUUUACGGAAGAAGAAGAUGAGAUGUUAAGAGGACUUUGGGCGCAGUUUGGGGAGACUGACGAUCCAAUGGGUCUUAUAAUUUCUCGGAUGCCUCGGAAACGUCAGAAGCGUAGCUUUAUAGACCGGUUACUGGAGUUAGGCAUCAUACAAGACAAGAAGGAGUGCCGCAAGAAGAGACAGAAGAAAGGGGAUUCUAGUGAUAGUUCAUCGGAUUCAGAUGAAUCUAGAAGUUCGUCUCCCGUUCGAAUUCAAGCAAAAAAGAAAACUCACGAGCCAAGAAAGAAAAACCAAAAUAAAAGCAAACAUGUGGAAAUCAGUGCGAAUGAGAUAGCGAGAUUAUUGGUAUCGGCAGUGGAAGCGGGGCAUACCGAAUCACUAAACUGGUUAGCGGAAAAUUUGGAAGAGGUAGCGUUAGAUCAGGAAGCGGAAGGAUUCAAUCCAGGUGAUGAGGGUACUCCCCUAGUACCAAUUUUCACUGGUUCAGCUGAGGCAAUGGAAGAAAACCUUUUCCAGACUGUUCUCAAAGCCAUUGGUGUUGUUCCACCAAAUGAUCAGGAGUCGUAUUGGCGAAUUCCAAGCAGUCUCCAUUACGAGACGAUAAGAAAGAGGCGUGACACAAUUCUCAAAGCCGUAAACAAAGAAUUAAUUGUUGAAAAGCCCAACGACUCGAGCGAUGAUGACGAUCUAUUUAAUAAUUUACGGAAAAUUACUAACAAUGAACAACCCGUUAAAGAACAUAUUAAUAAUGCUAUCAUUAAUGAAAAUAAUGAUACUAACAUUAAUGAAGAUAAUGAUACUAACAUUAAUGAAGAUAAUGAUAGUGAUAGUAGUGAUAUCGGUAUAUCUAAAAGUAGUAAGAGUCGCAAAAGAACUCGAAGUGUGGAAUCAGAGGGAAAUUCAAGGAAAUUGCAAAAAAUCGACGAAGAUGAUGAUGAUAUAUUAUCGUUUGCAAAGAAAACAUUGAAUCAUGAAAAUCUACCGGACACAGAGGAUAUUUUAAGCGCAUUACCGUCACGUGCAAGUGAUAGCAGUGAUGAUGAAGAUAUGCUUAACGUGUCGAGGAAAAAGAAAACUAGGAAAAUUAUUAGUGAUGACGAAUCAGAUUAA